UUUUGAAGUGGUAAUAUAUCCUACCUACCUACCUACUGCAUGCUGUUGUGUAUUUAGUAAUUGUUUGGGCCUAACUACUCUACUAUUCUACUAUAAGAGCACAGAAAACAUCAGCAUUUCGGUAUUCUGGCACUAUAAAAAUGGUAAUGUUAAGGGGAUAUCUGUAUGUUGAUCUUAUUGAAGCAGAGAAUUUGCCAGACUGUGACACAGCAUUCUUCAAUAUUGAUCCUAAAGAUACUUCAGAUGCCUUUGCUCAGAUAAAAAUAGGACAUUGUGUUCUUUGUAAGACAGCUUUUAUCAACAAUGACCUUUCACCCAAGUGGCAGGAAUCACAUAGAAUUCCUAUAUGCCAUCAUGCUGAUAAGCUGCAAAUUCAAGUUUUGGACAAGGAUCAUUUUGAUGCUGGACUGCUUGGGGAGGUCAUCAUCAGGCCAGAAGAUCUUAUGGAUGGCGAGACCUUAGAAGGAUGGUAUCCACUGUCUGGCAGUGAUGGUCGUAUCAAGCUUAAAAUGAAUUAUGUUCCUAAAGAAAUGAUUGAGGCAACAUUUGAGGUUCCUGAUUGCUACUUCAAAUUACAAGAAGGUUGCAAAGUUACUCUGUAUCAAGAUGCACACUGUCCACCUCUUCCCAUUUAUGAGGGCAUCCCAACAGCUGAUAGCGAAGUUUUUAAUCCACCCUGUGCUUGGGUUGAUUUGUAUAAAGCAGUGAAUGGUGCUCAAAGCUUUAUAUAUGUUACUGGUUGGAGUGUGUAUACAGAAACUGUCCUAGUAAGAGAUGACUGUGAUUGUGAAGAUGGCAAGGGGGAAUCCUUUGGUGAGCUACUGAAAAGAAAAGCAGAUGAAGGUGUACGUGUAUUGGUGAUGAUCUGGAAUGAGAAAAUGAGUACAGAUUUAACAGUGGGAUUUAUGGGUACUCAUGAUGAAGAAACAAGGAUAUUCUUUCAAGAUUCUGAUGUUGAAGUAGCCAUAGUCCCUAGAGUACGUUAUUUCGAGGGAAUGGCAUCUUUCUUUCAAGACCAGUUUUCUCAAACAUGUUAUACGCAUCACCAAAAAACGGUCAUCCUUGACUGCCCAUCUGCAGAUGGUGAAGAUUUGCCAAGAAUUCAAGCUUUUAUUGGAGGACUUGAUAUUACUGAUGGCAGAUAUGAUACACCAGAACAUGAGCUUUUCGGUACAAUUCAGACCCUUCAUCAAGGGGACUUUUAUAAUGGUGUUGCAACAGUCACCAGUGAAGUUGGCCCUCGUGAACCUUGGCAUGAUAUUCAUUGUCGUUUAGAGGGGCCUAUAGCUUUAGAUGUUCUUGCAAAUUUUACUGAACGAUGGAGAAAACAGGUUCAUGACAGAGAGUCUCGCCUCCUUCCCAUUUCAGAAGAAAUGUUUGCAUUAGAAGCACCAGUAACUGGUGAAGAUAAUGAACUAUGGAGUGCACAGAUUUUCAGAUCGAUUUCAUCAGACUCUGCUCUUUUUAGUUUUGAUAGAUUUUCAACUAUUCCAAAGAGAAGGGGUAAAUAUGUUGAUGACAGUAUCCAUCGAGCAUACAUUCAUCAGAUUCGACGAGCAGACAGUUUUCUAUAUAUUGAAAAUCAGUAUUUUCUUGGAUCUGCUUAUAACUGGGAUGAAGAACAAAAUACUAAGGCUUACCACUUAAUUCCGCUGGAAAUUACUCAGCGCAUUCUGGAGAAGAUAAAUGCUGGAGAAUAUAUGGCGGUGUAUAUACUAGUGCCUAUGUUCCCUGAGGGAGACCCAGCAAGUGGGCCUGUUCAAGAAAUUCUUCACUGGCAGCAUCGCACCAUGCAGAUGAUGUAUCGUGCUAUAGGUGAAGCUAUUGAAGCAAAUGAGCUAGGCACUCAUCCAAGAGACUACCUCUCAUUCUUCUGUCUAGGAAAAGGUGAAUGUCCUGAUGAUAUCCCUGAAGAUCUGACUCCACCUGAGCCAGGUACUCCAGCUUCUGUACUUCGGGAAACUGCAAGACUUAUGAUUUAUGUGCACUCAAAAAUGAUGAUUGUCGAUGAUGACUAUAUCAUUGUUGGCUCUGCAAACAUCAAUCAGCGGAGCAUGGGUGGCACUAGAGACUCUGAAAUAGCAGUAGGAUGCUUUCAGCCACUGCACACUCGAGAAUUGAGUGGCCAGCCACAAGGAUCAAUUUCUAAAUUCAGGUUGGCACUUUGGGCAGAGCACCUGGGAGGUGUCAGUGAAAUUCACAUGAAUCCAGGUUCAAUUGAAUGCAUGCAAGCUGUUAAUGAAAUGGCAGAUAACAAUUGGAAUGUCUAUUCAUCUGAUGAGCCUUGUAAAAUUGAGGGCCAUUUGAUGCGAUAUCCAGUUGAGGUUGGUCAGGAUGGAUCGGUAUCAGCCUUGGAAGGUUCAGAAAACUUCCCAGAUACUGCAGCUUCAAUUCUUGGAGCUCCAAACUUCUUGCCAAAUAAACUGACAACGUAAAUCUAAUUGACUAUUUGCUAGUUCAAAACAUUACAGUAAUAAACUAUGAAUUUAAAUUUUUAUGUUGUGUAAAAUAUUGGUUAUGUGUGACAUUGCGGUGGAGCUCUCAUUGCUACAAAUUCUUGUUUCAAGAGACAAAGCUGCAAUUUAAGCCAUAAUGAGAGCAUAUUUGAAUAUAUAUUGUACAGUAUAUUCCUUAGUUGACUUGUAAAUUCUAUAAUGCUGUAAAAAUAGUGUUUUUAUAUUACUGUAUUCCUGAAACUACAACUUUAUUAAAGCCAAAGAUUGAUUUAUGUAUUUAAAUACUUGUUUUAGAGAUUUAAUCUGGAAUUGGUACAAAUCUUAUAACACGUUGAUGUACUUUUAAUCUCAUUUUGAAAGGGUAUUUAUUAUGUUAAUAUUCAGACGUAAGUUUACCUGCUAUGAAAAUAAGAUGAUGCAAUUAAACUUGAUUUUGAACAAUUAAACAGGUUGAUAGGUUGAACAAUUCGGUGAGUGCAAAAGGUGGUUUGAUCUUAAUUACAGUGUUGUACUGUAUAGGACUUUAAUCAUGUUACUUUAUUCUGUUUAACAUGUUCAUUAUGAAAAAUGUUAGCUGUAUUUUAGUUUACUAUUUUGUAAUGUUUUACACUAGACAAAAAAAAUUGUACAGAAUUUGAACUUUCUGCUUAGGCCUGUGACAUGUCAGGGAUAAAAUCACAAUCCAUCUGAAUGGCUUAUGUAGAUGGCUUAAACAAGUCACAUCCCAUGAUUUGAAUAUUGAUUAGACUUUGUCCUGUGGUUGGGUUUAGCUUAAACCCUUGAGACCACAAAGUCUUUAAUGACUCCCUAUCUUUUAUGUCAAAUUGUAGGAUAUGGACUGAAGUUGUGCAGUUGUUGGUUGUAAAAACAGCUAGUAUAUGUAAGUUAUAUAAUUUAUCUUUACUUAGUUUUCGCAAGUAGUUUUUAAUGUAUAUAAAAUUCUAAACCUUGGCACUUUUAUCAAGCUGAUUUAAAAAUUGUACUGUUAUUUUGUUCAUCAUUGUUUUGGCUUAUAUAUAUUCUGUAUUAUUCACUUCAGUCCUUGACAGAAUCCAAUCAUAAAAGUCUAUGUUCUUAUCCAGUGUCUCAAAUAUGAAAAAGUCUAUGUUCUUAUCCAGUGUCUCAAAUAUGAAGUGUUACUGAUAAAUGACAUCCUGUAUAUAAUCUUGGGAACAAUACUUUCUUCAUAUGUGCUUAGUGUGUUAUCACUGACUCCAUUAUCCUCUGUCAAAAAGAUAAGCUGUGCUCAUUCUGUUGCUAGUUCAAGAAGCUGCUAAAUGUUUCUACAUAAACCUACUUCUACCUCUAGGAACACUGCCUUUGCAUGUCAUGGAAAUAGUAUAUUUCAGAGCCUUGACAUUAUUCUUAGUUCUUUGUUAGUCAUCCUUCCUAAAUUAACAUUAGUUUAUGGGGCCACUAAAGUUAUUUUGAUAAUGUAGUUUAGUUAAGGCAGCUAAUAUUAUUGUAGUACUGUAUUACAAUAGUGUCAAUGUUUGGGGACGUAUUUAUUUAAUAAAUAUGUUAUGAAUUGCAUAAUAUUUUAUAUAUAUUAAUAGGUGUAAACUGUAAAAACAUGCUUUACACAGUACUUGUGACUGGAACUGUUUUGAACAUCUUUACAGUGCAAGAACCUUCAAUACAGUACAGUACUAUUUCUAAGUGCAACUACAACUGUAUGCAAAUGUCAUUCAAACAUUUGCAAAAUAUUGAUGCUUGCUGCUGAUUAUCUGUGUUCAACAUUGUGCAUGUUAUAGUUGACUUACAUAAAAGUUAUUGGUGCCUUGCUGACAGCUGAUUUUAUAUUAAAUAGCUUGAUAUUUACAGUGUAAUAAAGUUUAGAUAUUGCAUGAUACUCAACACUGUGAACAAUGUUACAUGCAGCUUGUUAUUUUUCCCACUACAUUUUUUAUAGUGCAUGAACAUUUUCUUAUACUUUUUUUGCAUAUGACAUUGUUGAUUCUAUGAAUUUCUAAAUUUAUAUUUUUUAUAUUAAUUAUUUCUGCAAGAAUUUGAUUGUCAUAAGCCCUAAUACCUUUUCUACAUGCUUUUCUGGUGAUUUUUUUUUACUUGAAAAGCAAUUGUGUAUGAGAUCAAAUAAGUUAUUUUAUUUAUUUUGCUAAUCUGUAUCAUGAGGGUACUCUGUUUUACAAACUUUAUUUGGCAUGCUAUAUUCCAAAUCCGAGUGUUUGCUUUCUAAUUUUUAAAAUGCAUAAGAUGGGGUUGUAACCGCUAUUGGUGAGUAGGUAAUGUAUUUAAGAUUCAGUCAAAUAUGUUAAAAAUAUUGUUCCUCAAAUAAUAUUGUGUGGAUACAGUUGGAACAGACUACAGUAGCUUACAAUAAUCAUCAGAUGUUCUCAAAACAAUUAUGACUUGCCAAAAUGUGCAUCAUGAAGAAAGGUAAAGAAUGAGCAUUGAAGAGUUUUGAAGUAACUUUUAAAAUUGCACAAAAUAGACAAUAAUAAAUACUUUGAAUAAAAUUUAUUAACCAAGUCUCUCAAAACAUUACAAAUAUUAAAGUGCAUAAAGAGAAAAAUGUAAGUAACUAUUAUGAUAAAAGAUGCAAGAAAUCUCAGCAUUAUUUAUAUGCUAGAACCUUUAAAAGUACAAUACAACACAACAUUUUAACAUUUGGGACAAUUAGUAUUUAUUAUAUUUGUGUAAGUAUGUACUGUACUGUACUGUAAUCUACACAAUUUGAGAAACCACCUUGUGCAUUACAGCCAGAAGUUAUACUUUUGCAAGUACAAUUAUCUUGCCUUUGUAACCACUCCUGAAAUGUUUUGAAUUUGUUGUGUGCUAUCCAAAUUUGUUGCUAGAUGUAAGAAUGGUCCAUUGUUAAUACUUUUGAAAGAUAACUAUGACCAUGUGAAAUUGAAAUAAGUUUAUUGAGGUAAAAUACACACAAAGGGAUGAGGUAGCUCAAGCUAUUCUCACCCUGUAUGAUCGUGUUGCCUUGGGAAUUUCUAAAAGGAAAUUUAAGUUAAUACCAUGCCCAAUCUGGAAAAGCAAAUGCAUUUAUUUAAAGAUGGCAACACGAUUUAAUACAGUAAUGAAUUUUACCCAAUAUAUGAAACAAGAUCUAUUUAUAUAAAACAGUUAAUAAAUAAAAUUAUCCCCACAUAA